UCCGCUGGCGUCACGUGCAGGUCCGGUCUGCGCAAUAUCCCCAGGCGAAUAGCUGGCCGCUGAAUGCUGACUAAAAUCUUAUCUUUUCCUUGUGCUGUAAGCUUUUUUCUCUCUCCCUGUACUCCCACCCCUUUAUAUUGCCUUUUCUUCUUUCAGCGAAAUGUUUGCGCGCAGAAUUCUCCAGGCAUCCACCCGCAUUGCAGUGCGGCGGCCAGCGCCCGCACGGCGGUUCAGCAGCAUACUGCCCCGCCCCACACCUACAACAGCCAAACCCACACCCUUCCUCCAGCAGUACCGCACCAUGUUCAUCCAGACAGCAACAACACCGAACGAAGACGCCCUGCAGUUUAUUCCCGGCGUGCCUGUGCUCGAGGACACAGGCUCACGGCGCACAGUAGAGUACACGUCGCCGCGCGACGGCCUGAAAUCGCCGCUGGCCACGCGCCUGUUUGCAAUCGAAGGCGUCAAGGGCGUCAUGUACGGCAGCGACUUUGUCACGGUGCGCAAGGAGCCGGACUAUCCGUGGCAGCUGAUGAAGCCGGACAUCUAUGCAGCGAUCAUGGACCAUUUCUCGUCGGGGCGGUCGCUGAUCCGCGAGGACGAGGAGGGCCAGGACUCGAUGAGCGUGGGCGACCAGGACUCGGACAUUGUGGCCGAGAUCAAGGAGCUGCUGGAAUCGCGCGUGCGCCCGUCCAUCCAGGAGGAUGGCGGCGAUUUGGACUUUGUCAGCUUCAACGAGGGAACGGGGAUCGUGAAGAUCCGGCUACGUGGUGCGUGCCGCGGAUGUGCAUCGAGCUCGGUGACCCUGAAGCACGGCGUCGAGGGCAUGCUGUCGUACUAUAUCCCAGAGGUCACUGGUGUCGAGGAUGUUGGCGAUGAGCUGGAGGCCCAGGCGAAGAGGGAGUUUGACAAGCUCGAGGCUGAGCUCAACAACAAGCAGUCGUCAUAGUGGCGUUUUUCAAUUAGACAAACGAGACAUGCUG